AUGACGAUGCCUCCACCGCCGACACCGAUCAACGGCAACCAGCACAUACACCAGCCCCAAACGGACGCCCAUGCCCUCCAUGAACGCCAGCAUUUACCUGUCGAUCCUCAUCUGCAUGGCCUCCGCAUUGCUCUAGGCUCUAUACUCUCUCCUAAGCGCCCCGGUUUGUCUCGGGGCUCCAGCUCGGGGCAGAACUCGGGAACUGCUUCGCCCAUGAGCCAUCAUAGCCACCCGCCCUCAGGCCAUCUUCACCCCCACACCUUGCACAGUCACUCCCAAGUCCACACGCACUCUCCUCUCAUUCACGCAUCCGAUGACGGCGCCACCUCACCUUCAACCACACCUGGAGGUACACCUCCCUUGAACCUUCCUAACUCUGCAGCUGCGGUUGUCAACGAUCCUCGCUUGCCUGCUGCUCAGCGAGCGAACUUUGUCAAGACGCUGCAGGGCAAGAGCGCCUGGGACGCGAUGAUUCACGGGUCUUUUGUAUGA